UUGAGUUUCUGGCUCGAAUGACCAUUGUGCACUUUUACGGAAAUGCACACGAAAGGUACAACAAAUCCACCGAGCUUCGGGCCAACGAGAGAGCCUCGAGAUGCACCCAGACAGAGACAGCGACACAGGAGGCCACUUCAACUGACCUCGCGAGAAGGUGAGCACUUGAGGAGCAGAGCAGCAGAAUUUAGGGUAUGGUCCAAGGCCGGCGGGGCAGCAAGCAAGAGGAGGAGGAGGAGGAGGAGAAGAGUUGCAUGCCGAGGCAUUGGGUUCGCUGAAAGGAUUCCCACUAGACCAGGAAAACACUAUGUCUGUUCGUUGGGUCCGAUACAUCCAGACCGUUUCUGAUCUGGAGUAGCGUAGGUCCUCGUCAAAACUUACACACUUCAGACUGAGU